AGACGAAUUUAACCUAACGUAAUUUGUAAGUGGUCCUAAAUAUAUAUGUAACGGAGAGGAACGCGUUGAACAGAAUUGAUCAAUUGUUUACAACCCAUAAGGGAGGUGAUUUGAGGUUACUGAAACUAUAUAAUUACUGACUUUUAAAAUGAUGGGGUUAAUGCGACGUUUUGAUGCCGACAUUAUUCAAACAACUUUAAAAGUUACAACAAAACUUUCGUCAUCAUUUUGUACAGCAACAGACCCUGAAUUUCGAGUAUUGGAGUUAAUACCCAAAAAAGAUUAUACACGGAAAAGAGUACAGAAACGUGUUUACGCAGUCUCCAAAGCCAAAGCUGAAAUUAUGCCAACUGAUCAAAAUUGGCAAGCUAUUUGGCCUACUGCACGUACAUUUCAUCCAGAAACUGUACCAUUGCCUAUACGACAAGGGUAUAAACAUAAUAAAAAUCCACAUCCGGAUAAAUAUGGAAAUGUAGAACUCAUGAAAAUUCCAAACUUUUUACAUCUUACGCCACCUGCAAUUAAAGCACACUGUGAAGCAUUAAAGAAAUUCUGCACUAAAUGGCCUGAGGGUUUAGAAACAGACAAAGCAUGCGAAGAACACUUUCCUAUUGAAAUAAUUACUUCUGAUUACUGUUAUUCCUCUCCCACAAUAAGGGAACCCCUUGCUAGAAUAGUAAGUCUGAGGGUGAAAUUAUCUUCUUUAGAUUUGGAUACUCAUGCUAAAGACAAAAUGCUUAGAUUAGUGGGUGAUAGAUACAACCCUGAAACAGAUCUUGUAACAAUAACUGCUGACAGAUGUCCAACAAGAAAACAAAAUUUAGAUUAUGUGUAUUAUCUUCUCACAGCUUUGUUUCACGUAUCUUGGCGUAUCGAACCAUGGGAAGCUGAAAAGUCUGAGGUAGAUAUGGAAUAUUACAACUGGGAUACAAAUAAGAGUCGAGAGAAUUUAGUGGCCAUGUACUGUUGGCCAAAUUCCUCAACCAAUUUUAAUUAUGAAGAUAUACCACACGCAUCUGAAUAUAAAAAUGCAGUUUCAGACUUGAUAAAUAAUGGAGAAGAUAGUUUUUCGAUCAAUAAAUAUAAACAAGCUGUUAAAAAUAUGCUCAAUCUCAAUUAUAAUGAAAAUGUUCAAUAA